CCUCCCUUCCGGAGGCUCUCGUUGGUGGCGUAGUCGCGCGCGGGGGAGCGGGAGGGACGCUCCGUCGGCUCCAGGCGCGAGCGUCUUUUGCCACCGCCGCAGCCGGAACGCCAGCAGAAGUCGCUCCGGAAAGGCUGCGAGUUGCUCGCUAUGAAGCGGGCGCCCGGACAGAACUCGAGAGCGGCUCGGGACUCCCCCAGGGAGCCCAACUAGGCAUGAGGGCGAUAUUCUGGCGGAGUUUGUAACCUGCCGCGCCGCUUGAGGGAAAGGGCGGCUGUUCGCUGUCAGUCCUCGGUCGGGGUCUGCAGCCGCGGCUUAGACUGCCUCCUGCCUGUCCCGGGCGCGGUUUUCUUGGCUCGGACCGAAGCCUACGAAGAGGAUGGAGGCGCCGCCGCCGCCCUGCUCGAAGAAGAGCCUGUCCCUCUCGCUGCCGGUGCCGCGGGAGGGUCAGGCCACCCUCAAGCCGCCCCAACACCUUUGGAGGCAGCCCCGGACGCCCAUCAAAAUCAAGCACCGCGGCUAUUCGGACACGGAGCGGCACCCCCACCGCCAGAUCGAGAGAGCGGACGCCAUGGACACGAGCGACCGUCCCGGCCUGAAGAAGUCUCGCAUGUCCUGGCCGUCUUCGUUCCACGGGACCACCACCACCAGCGGCGGCCACAGCCACGGGGCCAAGCGCUUUGAAGUGGAAAAUGGCCCAUCUCCAGGUCGCAGCCCCCUGGAUUCCCAGGCCAGCCCUGGAUUGGUGCUUCACCCCAGCUUUCCGCAGAGCCAAAGGCGUGAGUCCUUCCUGUAUCGUUCGGACAGUGAUUACGACAUGUCACCCAAGACCAUGUCACGCAACUCCUCCAUUGCUAGUGAAGCGCAUGCCGAAGACCUAAUAGUGACACCAUUUGCCCAGGUCUUGGCAAGCUUGAGGAGCGUACGUAAUAAUUUCUCCAUCCUGGCAAAUGUUCCUACGCCAACAUCCAAUAAGAGAUCUCCCUUAGGCGGGCAGCCAGCUGUUUGCAAAGCCACACUCUCAGAAGAGACAUACCAACAACUAGCCAGAGAGACCUUGGAGGAGCUAGACUGGUGUCUUGACCAGUUAGAGACCAUUCAGACCUAUCGUUCUGUCAGUGAGAUGGCAUCUAACAAGUUCAAAAGAAUGCUGAACCGUGAAUUAACCCACCUCUCUGAAAUGAGCCGUUCUGGAAACCAGGUGUCUGAGUACAUUUCCAACACCUUUUUAGACAAGCAGAACGAUGUGGAGAUCCCAUCCCCAACACAGAAAGACCGGGAGAAGAAGAAGCGGCAGCAACCCAUGUGCCAGAUCAGUGGGGUCAAGAAACUCAUGCACAGUUCCAGCCUGACCAAUUCCAGCAUUCCUCGCUUUGGGGUGAAAACAGACCAAGAAGAGCUGCUCAGUAAGGAACUGGAAUAUCUAAACAAGUGGGGCCUUAACAUUUUCCGGGUUGCUGAUUAUUCCAACAAUCGGUCACUCAGCUGCAUCAUGUAUACAAUAUUCCAGGAAAGAGACUUGCUGAAAACUUUUAAGAUCCCUGUGGACACAUUAGUCACUUAUAUCAUGACACUAGAAGACCACUACCAUGCUGACGUGGCCUACCACAACAGUCUCCACGCUGCUGAUGUCACUCAAUCCACGCAUGUCCUCCUCUCUACACCAGCCUUGGAUGCUGUCUUCACUGACCUGGAGAUCUUGGCUGCAAUCUUCGCUGCUGCCAUUCAUGAUGUGGACCAUCCUGGUGUCUCCAACCAAUUUCUGAUCAACACCAAUUCAGAACUAGCAUUGAUGUACAACGAUGAGUCUGUUCUGGAGAACCAUCACCUAGCUGUGGGUUUCAAGUUGCUGCAGGAAGAGAACUGCGACAUCUUCCAGAACCUGAGUAAGCGACAGCGACAGACCUUGCGCAAGAUGGUCAUUGACAUGGUCUUGGCCACUGACAUGUCCAAACACAUGAGUCUCUUGGCUGAUCUGAAGACAAUGGUGGAGACCAAAAAAGUGACCAGCUCAGGGGUGCUUUUGCUGGACAAUUACACUGACAGAAUACAGGUCCUACGGAACAUGGUUCACUGUGCAGAUUUGAGCAACCCCACAAAGCCUUUGGAGUUGUAUCGGCAGUGGACAGACCGGAUCAUGGAGGAGUUCUUCAGGCAGGGCGACAAAGAACGGGAGCGAGGCAUGGAGAUCAGCCCUAUGUGUGACAAGCACACAGCCUCCGUGGAGAAGUCACAGGUGGGAUUCAUUGACUAUAUUGUGCACCCAUUGUGGGAGACAUGGGCCGACCUUGUCCAUCCUGACGCACAAGACAUUUUGGACACUCUUGAGGACAACAGGGACUGGUAUCACAGCAUGAUCCCCCAAAGUCCCUCCCCACCUCCAGACGAUGCCGAAAAGGAUGAGGAGGCCUGUCUAGAGAAAUUCCAGUUUGAAUUGACCCUGGAGGAGGAAGGGGAGGACUCAGAACCAUCCGAGAAGGACCACAGCAGUCCUGGAGACGAGGACAACAGCUACUUCACAGCCACAGAAGAACAACACGAGUCCCAGGAUGGGCAGGACAGACGAACGGACAGUACAACAGUUGGCACAUCAUGACUGUGGGAAGGGACAACUGAAGAAAGCAAGAUCACCUACAGACACACACACGGAAGUUUUCAUGAGGGAGGGGUGGGGAUAAAAAAAAAUGGAAAAAACUCAUUUUUUAUUUUUAUUGUAUUUUUUAUAAAAUGAAAACUAAGAAAAAAGGGGGGGAUGGGGAAUACACACAACAACUGUAGAACCAGGUUGGCCCCAGCAGAGGGUAGUAGCCUGCUGCUGUAGUGACUGGCCCAAGCACUCCAGAAAUAAUUUUUCAUUUCUUUUUUUUUCUCCCUUUCCUUCAUUAUUUCUGACUGGUUGUUUUUAAUUACUUCAUUUUGCUAACUUUUUCAAACUUCUGCAACCAGGAAAAGGAAGAGGGGACUGAUGAUGUGAGGCAUGUAUGUAGCAGCAGAGAGGCAAAGCCAAUAGAAUUAUUUUUAAAACAGUGAUUUUGCCUAUUUGUAGUAAAAAUAGAUGCAAGUGCAAGGAGCUUGACAACAAAAACUGGUAACCAUUUGACAUAGAUACACACAGAGAGAGGUUCCUGUAGGUCAGUGUUUUUCAACCGCGGCAACUUUUAAGAUGUUUGGAUUUCAAUUCCUAAAAUUCCCUACUCAGCCAUGCUGGCUGGGGGGAUUCUGGGAAUUAAAAUCCACAAAGAUGCUGAAGUUGAGAAACCCUGCUGUAACUCCUUUGUUCCAGAUAUGUCCUCCCCAUUUAGCUCAUGUAUUUGUGCCUUUAUUUCAUAAGAGGGAAACCUGAAGCUCUUCAAAGGGUGUCAGAAUCUUAACUCCUCUCCUCCAGUGUUCCUUUAGAAUAGCUGGAGGUUAGAGUCCAGCGCCACCUGGAGGCCCAGAUAUUUUUCUCAGGGCCCUUCAGAGUACGGCUCUUCCAGGUGGACAUUCAAAUAUUGGGGAAGGGUGAGAGGAAAAGUAUUGUUUUUAUUUUUGUAAGUUAUUUUUUAAGCUAGUGGUUAUUUAUUUUUGUGAAUUUACAUAGAUUUGAUUUUUAUUAUGGACUGAUAAGAAAGUUUGCCUUUGAGGAUUUUGUUGCUGUUGUUCAUGUUUUUUCUCCCUUCUUGGAGCAAUUCUUUCUGUUUUCUAUUUAAGUUUGCAGGUGUGGAUUUUUAAUUUUUUGCCUACAAUGCCAUAGAUUUCUCCCAGAGCAAAUGGGAGAAAAUACUAUUUUACAGAAAAUGAAACUAAAAAUGGAACAAGAAUCAAAAACAUUCUAUCCAUGUUUCCAAAUAGCCGAGUCUUCCUCCGCUCCUCAUUUUGCACAAAAAUAAAAAGGCAAUACGGCCAGGGUCAAAUGUUUAUGCUGGCCAACUUGCUUAGACAGCUCUCAGCUGGGGAUCUCAGGUGUGAGUAUUCCAUCCCCCAGGUUGGGGACGGAAUCAGCAGAUAUGAGGACUGGAGAGAGGGGUGAUGUACGCUGAGUGGCGUUUGUUUUAUCAGUGAUUUGCAAUUUUAUCUUCUUUAUCUGUGUCUGGAUGCUGCUUGAUGAAUCUCCGAAAUGCAGUGCUUACAGAUUUCUCAGCUACAAAAAGCAGGUGUCUUCCCCAUUUCCUACCCCCCCACCUCAAGAAUAGAAAAUUAGCAGCCUUUCCUAAUGAACUUUCUUUUUAUGAGAUGUGAUACAAAUAUUGAUUUAUGGAGUUGAAACUGGAAGAGGAAAGAUGGGUUUGGUUUUAAUCUGUUAUGAAUUUCAGAAGAAAAAGCCUCUAACGUCCAGAAAUGGGGAUCUGUCUCAGACACCCUCAGUUACAUAGUAAUAAAAGAGCCCAUCUGUUUUAUUGGCUCAGAAAGCCCAUCACUUAGCUAUAAAGUAGGGAUAAAAUUGCUUGCAUCAGAUUUGAGACCCCACUCUAAGAGAUCAGGAUAAUCAAAUGAAAAAGUCACCUGCCUUGAAAUCAGAUUUGGAGACAAUUUUGCCAACAAUGUUUUGCCAAAGGGAAUCUGACAGGUUUCCUUGUUCCUGUAGAGUAAUCCAAGUGAAAGUAAUCCAAGUCUUGCUCCACACCUUACCAUGUCAGAUCCUUCUUUCCUCCAUCCUGGAGGUGUCUGUAGUGGCGGUUCUUCCCACAUGUACCUGCUCUUGAUUAUCGUUUCCCACGAGAAAUCUGUUUGGCUGCUUAUUUUCUUUGCCUUAACUAGCAAAACAGUUUGAUUUGCUAAAUGCAGCAUCCUUGCAUCUUGGCAUUGAAGGGAGAGCAUUUUCUCAUUCCCAAAAUGCUUACAUCACAUCAAAAAGGAUAUUCACUACUAGGCUACUAGUCUUUCAGUGGACAAGAAACACUGCAGGAUCCAGUCUUCAAAGUUGCAGGACCAUGAUCCUCUUGGCAUUGUUUCUCUGCUUCUGUGGACUAGUCUUGGGCUGGUUGACGUGUGGGCAUAUUCCCUACCCCUUGCUAAGCAGCAUGCCGCCUGCUGUUUACUAGUAGGAAGACAGCUGUAGUUUUGGAUUUGUUGAGUUUCUUGGUGGCAGAGCCAUUGAGUGUUGUAGCCUAGUUCAGCUUCUCUUCCAGACUCCUGGGGGAGAAGAUAUACUGCCCCCCUCCACUUUUGUCCCUCUUAUAUGGCUACCCAGCAUCAGUGCACGACUCCCAUAAAACCCCCACACACACCUUGCAAGAGGUGAGGGUGAAGCAAUAACAACUAAGCCCUUUUCCUGCCCCCAUUGCUACAACUGAGCUGUUGAACCAAAGCCAAAUCUCCUCUUUUGCAAAGGUCUCAUUCCACACAUGGACACCACCCACUUUGCAUUGGCUGCUCCUUAGCCAGCUCUCUUAGCAUGCAAGCUUAGCAAAGUAAUGUUUCAGGCUUAGGCCAGCCCAAGCUUGGAAGAGGAAGUUGUGGGAUAUGCGCUGGGGCUGCUGCUUGGAUAGACCAGAGCAUUUCCAAGGGCUGGCCUGAGACCAUGACAGCUUUGGUUAGCCACACAUCAUACCCUUGGAGAAGGCCAGCUGCACAGAGAGCCUUGGCUAGGUUGCUGUCCCUUGGUGGCCCGCCUGCUAAGAGCUGCCAUUCCUGCAUUGCCAGUCUUUGGCAAGGAGGCCAGCGUAGGGCAUCUCCUUUCCAACCCAAGGGAGAAAACAUGGCCAUUUCUGAACACAGUACUGUAGCUAUUUUCUUUGUAUUUUUACUUUUCUUUCUUGAAGCCUCAAUUGUAAGGGAUAAAUAAGAAAGAGAAUCUCUUUCUAAUUUUCUGUAUAGCUUUUAUUUUUGUAUGCAGUUCUGUUCCACAAGUUUGUUGGGUCAGGUUUGGACUGUACAUAAUUGUGAAUAAGCAGAUUGUAAAUUAUUCUAAAAAGUAAAAAGAAUCUUGCAAACAAGAUCCCCUUUCCCCCGCUGCCCCUUCCUCUCCCACCUUCCACUCCUGCCAGGGGUCACGCUGUGCUUGAGAGCAUCCAGGGAGAAGAAUGAGAGCUCUGGGAGACUCUCCAGCUGCAUUCUCUCAAGGGCUCUAGGGCACAGACCCCAUUGCACCCCCUUCCUCCUCCACCACCACUCCUUUCUCCUGUCUGUGUAUUUAUGGUGUAAUAUAGACACACUCGA